AUGGAUAAGCCACAAACUGGUGGCAACCAUGUUGCUUCGGCAACAUUGCUUAUCAGCAUUUUCUGCAUGUUGUCAGUGGUUAUUGUUGUGCCAGUUCUCAAUAUGCAAUUGAAUGAGGCUCAAGAGAGACUUGCCAAUAGAAUGGGAGCUUUUAAGGUGAGAUUUUGGAGAUAAUUCUGGAAAAUAUAUCUGGAAAUUUGAAAAAAAGCUCAUUUUUUCAGUUCACCGCUCGUAAUAUCUGGCAAGAUAUUAUGGUUGUCAAGAGCAAUGGAAGAAUUAAACGUCAAUACGGUGGAUAUGGAAGUGAUAGCCAAUCGGAUAACCAACAAUGCACAUCUUGUGUUCAACUUCGUUGUCCACCAGGGCCACCAGGUCCACCAGGAGUUGGAGGAGAACCUGGAAUUGAUGGAGCAUCCGGGCGUCCAGGAAAACCUGGAUUGGAUGGGCUUGAUGUUCCACUUGAUCCAGAACCAGCUUUCCCAUGUGUGAUCUGCCCAGCAGGGCCACCAGGAAAUCGUGGACCUCAAGGAGAGAUUGGACGACCAGGACAAACUGGAGAGCCUGGGCAUCCAGGACUUCCAGGACGACCAGGAAAACCAGGACGCGUCGGAGAUGCUGGGCCACAAGGUGAAGCUGGAGAGCCAGGAGAGCCAGGAAUCAAAGGUCCACCAGGAGAUGAUUCUAUCGGAGGUACAGGAAUCAAGGGACCUCCAGGGCCUCCAGGGCCAAGAGGACCAAAGGGGCCACCAGGAACCAAUGGAUUGCCAUCGCAAAACAGUGGACCACCGGGACCAAUCGGAGAGAUGGGACCACCUGGGCCACCAGGGCCACGUGGAGAGCCAGGGCCACCAGGGCCAUUUGGACCGCCAGGAGAUUCUGGAGAACCAGGAGGCCAUUGUCCAUCGUCUUGUGGAGUUCAAGAAAUUGUUGCACCAUCAGUCAGCGAAUUGGACACCAAUGAUGAACCAGCUAAACCAUCCCGCGAAGGAUACGGUGGAUAUGGAAAUUAA